CUGAGAGCAGCUGAUGGAUUCGGACGAGCCAGGCAGGAACUAAAGACACCUCCCAAGGUGCACAAAGUCUUAUUGACUCGUUGGAUGAUGUUUAACUGACAGCCUGGACCACAUUCCACAUUAUGGAGAAAGCAGAUGCUGGCAAUCAGCCAUCAAAACCCACUGAGGAUAAAGAUCAACCCAGAAGUCUCCCUUAUUCUGUUGAAACACCAUAUGGCUUCCAUUUAGACCUGGACUUUCUGAAAUACGUGGAUGACAUUGAAAAAGGAAAUACCAUUAAAAGGGUUCACAUUCACAGGAAGGCCAAACAGCCAAAGUUCAGCACACUGCCUCGGAAUUUCAGCCUGCCUGAGAAUAGAUCCCGUGCAUACGCUUCCUCCCCCAAUAAGAGCUGGACUGCAACCUGUUCAUUUGCACAGAGGAAGGCAUCACUAGGGGCAGAAGAAACCACCUGUCUUAUCACAUCGUAUGACUCACCACAAUCUUUAACUGCAGAGGAGCCAAGUUACAGAAAAAAGGCCCUUUUAGCAGAAACAAUCAGACAAGCAGAGGUCAUCCACCAUGAAGAAGAGCCUGGCAGCUGUAGAGGGAGGCCACAGCUGUUAAGGGCUUCCAGCAUGCCAGCCAAACUUCUACCAAGUAAAAGUUCAGAAGAGGAAAGUCAGUGCUCCAAGCCUUCUCAGCCCUCUGCACUGUCUCAGCCUUGUGAUGGAAAGAGCUUCACAGAAAUUCCCUUUAGCCCUGCAAAGGAGUUACUGGAUUCACACUAUUCUGAUCGUGUCACAUUACAUUUCCCCAAAGAGCCAAGGAAUGUGCAAGAGCAAAUCAAAGUGGUGUUCCAGAAAAAUGAGCAGCCUGAGGGACAACAGGUGAAAGCCAUCCCCGAGCUGGAUCCCCAACCCUUCGAGUUUCCGAGGGAGAGAAUGCAAAUCCAAUCUCCACAUCAAAGCCAGCAUUUCAUAGCUCAAGAGCUGCUCCUGGUUACAGAGAGUGGAGGAGAGGAAUGCUACGCACCAGAGACAAAUAAAUGUCCUGAAUUAGUCAAGGAUGAAUCAAUCUCAUCAAAUGCCCCCAAGUUUAUGCAUGAAAAUGAGAACCGUGAAGAAAUAGAAUUAAACAUAAGUGAGAUCAUGCCAUGUGCACCAGAGAAGACUGAAGUUAGAAGCGUUUGGGCUAGAGCAAAUGAGGAAAACGUAGAUCUUGAACCUUUGCUUUGUGACACAGUAGAACCCAGCAGGAUCACAGCACUGAAACAACAGAUCACUGUUCUGGAGGAGCAACUAAAUAGCAAAAUAGAGGAACUUGAGCAGAUCAAAGUAGUGCUGAAGCAGCAGGAUAGUGAGAUCAAAGCAAAGGAGAGAAGCAUUAAAAUACUGGCAAGCUCCAAAGCUCAACUGGAAGAGAAACUUUGUCAGGAAAACACCAAAGAAACUGAACCGUCCAAGCAGGAUGGAAAUGUCCUGCAAUACCAUGAUGCUGCAGUGAACACUGAACUUAUGCAAGCAAACACGUUUAAGGAGGCCUAUGACAAGGGUGUCAAUGUUAAUAUUCCAGUCGCUACAGAAUCUGUAGGAUGUGGUACCUAUGGAGUGGACAAUGUGAACUUGCAGGCUAAGGAGUUAAGAAGAAUGCCUGUUCAUACGGAUCAGGGGUUGGCAGAUGUUGACACUCGUGUCAGAGAGGAAGGGGCUGCAUCUCUUGCCAAACAGAAAGGAACUGGAAUUGACACUGAGCCUCCUGUCUUUACACCACGCUUCACUGAGCUGAAGAUAGAUGAACAGAUCAAUGAUGACUGUCAACAUCAAAGAAACAGCUAUGACAGACAGUCUUGUGCUGCUAGCUCUCUGAUUGGAGAAAGCUGUUCAAGAACAGGAAGAGCUGACUCGAAUGGAAAUAAACCAGGUGGAAAUAAACCAGUUUUUGCCGGGGAUGUAAAGCAAGAUCUGAUUGAGGAGGAAAAGCAUACAGAACAACAAGAUUCCUCUGCAGAUGACCCCAUAGGCCAAUAUGUUAAAAAAAUCCAGGAGCUUUUGCAAGAGCAGUGGAUGUGCUUGGAGCAUGGCUAUCCAGAGUUAGCAAGCGCUAUUAAACACCCUGCAUCGAAGCUUAGUUCCAUCCAGAAUCAGAUAGUUAAUUCCUUAAACUUGCUGUUAUCUGCCUAUUCUACCCAAGCACCAUCAGAUAAGGAGAACUCGAACACGCAGUAUCAACAAUUGGAAAUCUCUCCAACCACAAGUCUUAAAUCAAUCAUGAAAAAGAAAGGUUAUGGUUUCCAUGCAGGAGGUAAUGGGACCAAAAAGAAUCUUCAGUUUGUUGGGGUAAAUGGUGGUUACGAAACAACGUCAAGUGAAGACACUAGCUGUGAAGACAGCUCAUCGGAAGGAAAUUCUGACAGCGAGAUGGAGAGGAAGUAUGACACUUUAGAGCACAGACAGGUGAAAGCUGCCCGUGAAAACAAACAUGCCUCAUCUGGAGUCUCCCAGUGCACUAGACAUGAAGACAAUGAGCCACAGGAACUGGAAGAAAUAACAAUGGCUAGCAUUCAACCCAAGACUGACAGAUGCAAACCCUCAGAAGAUUUCCUUGAUGGCUGCCUGUUAUUGAGCAAACACCUUUCCGAAAUAAGGACCUCCAAUGACAAACAUUUGAGACACAUCUUAAACACGGUCUGCCAAGAGUGGUUCCGAGUCUCUACUAGGAAAUCCUCCAGCCCUGAGGUUGUUGCAGCUUAUCUCAAAGAAUUCAAAGCAAUUCAUCCCCAGCUACUGAAGAUGAUCAUAAACUUGGCGGAUGGAAAUGGGAAUACAGCUCUUCAUUACAGUGUUUCCCAUUCCAACUUUCUGAUUGUGAAGCUUCUACUAGAUACAGGUGUUUGUGAUGUGGACCAUCAAAAUAAAGCUGGAUAUACUGCAGUGAUGAUCACACCACUGGCAUCAGCAGAAAGUGAUGAAGACAUGGAGGUGGUCUUAAAGCUGUUGAAAGAAGGGAACGUAAACAUACGGGCAAGUCAGGGAGGCCAGACUGCCUUAAUAUUAGGUGUCAGCCAUGACAGGGGAGAUAUGGUGAAAGCCUUGUUGUCUUGCAAGGCUGACAUAAACCAGCAGGAUGAUAAUGGAACAUCAGCACUGAUGGUUGCCUGUCAGCAUGGCAAUGCUGAGAUUGCGAAGCUUCUUCUGGCUCACCCUGGUUGUAACACUACAUUAACGGACAAGAGUGGUAAUUCUGCUCUGUCUGUCGCUCUGAAAUCUGCCCACAUGGAAAUUGCAGAGCUCCUCCAAGCCCACAUAGAGCAGAGCCGGUCUUUGGCUAAAUAAAGGAAAUGGAAAAUAGCAUUUGUCGGAAUGGGCAAUGGAUAACAAAAGGUUCAUUCUUUUAACAACUCUGCUUCCAAUUUAGAUGGAAAUGAUUGUAGCUGAUACUGCUGAUUUCUAUACUUAUUGAGGGAGUGAACUAUGUCAACUAUUUGCAUACAUUCCUAAUAUAUAAUUCCCCUCAUUAAGCCUGCUUUUAUAGUUCUAACCCAUGCAUAGUGCCAUAAAUGACUCAAAUACUGUUUCAGAGAGUUAGAUUAUUGUAUUGCCUUUUAUUAACACACUUGAUCUUGAUCUUAAAACUGAAUUCCACUAUCUACCCCUCACAGUAUAAUUUUGUCACGUUGGUGAACAAAAAACAAAUGCACAUUAGAAAAGCAAUACUUACUUUUUUUGUAAUUUUAGAUAAUGGUGUUCUUUUUAAUCAACUAUUUAAAAUGUGUCUCAUUUAACUUGCAAGUUUACAUCUUACUGUUUAUUAUUACACCUUCUGUAUGUACUAGCAGGCAAUGCUUACUCAAUAUAUAUAGCAGUAAAUACAAGUCAGGUGGAUUAUAUAAAAAUAUCAAAUCCUAUUUAUGUGUGGUUAUGUGCUCAGAAGCAAGAAUUAAAAUUAAUUCUCUAGGAAAAUAUUUGAGUGUGCCAGAUCCAAACACACAGACAUUGUUUUUCUUGUAUUCAGAAUUACCAUAUGGCUCUCAUUUUUUCUAAUUAAAUUUGACUUAAGCAGGAACCGUGGCCCACUGGCAUAUACAAUAUAUCAUUUAUAGGAUGCUGAGGUACAAUUGUGAAGUAUCAGGUUAUCCAAACACAGUACAGGAGACAAAUUACUUGAUCAUUGCAUAAACCUUCUCUGCAAGGAUGGGUUAAUACUGUCUGAAAGGUUGCAUAUUUAAAUUCAUAGAACCACUUCCGAUGAUAAUAGGUUCCACCCAGAAAGUGCCCUUUGGCCAAACAUCUGUUCUUCAGUUUCCAGCAUGCUAAACUUUUGGAACCCCCCAAACUGGGCAGAUUUAAAUCUGUGUAGUAAUUUAGCUGCCAGAUUUUUCCUGUGUAGUCUGAGUGACCUGCUCAAGGAGAGCUAGGGCUUCUCCUUGAAGUAUACAGCCCUUUGGGCCCUGGUGGGAAUCCAGCACUGUCUGCAGUGCAUAUAUAAGGCAGAUCUUUCCUACAUUCCAGUGGUCCAAGCACAGCAAUU